AUGGUUGAAAUGAGAAAUAAAUGGCUCGUGCUCCAAGCGCGAGAGACAUUGAUGGGUGCACAUCGGGAUAGCAACAUCACAAUGGAUAGUAUACCCGUUAGUAACAAGACUUCCAACACCAUUAAAAGUGUAAGCAAGACGUGGACGAGUAGACUCGUUAGUAGGCAAGACAUCCAACACCGAGUAAAAGUGUAA